UGAGAAGUGGUUGUUUGAAUAUUCCAACAUUUCCACUAGUUUAUAAAUCAUUUACCUUUAUUUUAUCUGAAAAAGCAUUAAUUCAAAUCUGAGUCAAGGUUGAAGAGGGGGAGAUCUCAAUGCAAUGCGUAAGAGAAGGAAGAAAAAGGAAAAGCUAAUGGGCAUGACGCAUUCAUGAUGCUAACCCUCACAUGUUCCUUCCGUCCACUUCCCUCCCACCACUUAAACAUGAUCAUCAUCAUCAUGAUCAGUGUGAGUGGAACCAUGGGUACACACUUACACUCUACUCUUUCCUGUGAGCUUCUCUCUCGACUGUACUUGAGUUGUAACAAAUGAAAGGUUCAUCUUUCUUCGCUUCUUUGGGUUACACCAAGGCAUUUCAAGUAGGUUUGUGGUCAGUAUGGUUAUGUGGGUUUGUUUUGAUUGCUCUUUCGCUCUAUGCAUCUCAGCGUUUGCCAUCUUCUCUCAAAGAACAGAUUAGAAAACCAAAGAUUGUUGUUACCUCAGCAACAAAGGAUUUUAGCACAGACCCAACUAAGCCUACGAUAACUAUUUUUUCUGCACCUAGUUCUUUUAGUAGUGUGGUUGGUGCAAGACAGAUUUUAGCUAUUCAAUCAUGGCUUUCUUUAUCUCCGGACCUUACUGUUGUUCUUUUUAGUCAAGGCCCAAAUCUUGUUUCUCUUGCUGGUGCUCUUGGUUCGCGGGUUUCUGUCGAAUCCAACAUCGAUUUCACGUUAUUUUGUUUCAUGCGCACCUCAUUGGUCUGUGCUCUUGAUCGUGAAACCUAUCAGUUCUCCAUAUUGCAGGGCUUGCCUGUUUUUGAAGACCCGGAUGCUCCAAGUGAUAUCAGCUUCAACAAAUGUCACUUUGGGACGAAGUGCUUUCAAAAUGUAACCAAGGUGAAGUCCAGAUUGGUAUUGAAGGUGCUCAAGAUGGGAUAUAAUGUACUAUUGAGUGAUGUUGAUGUCUAUUGGUUUGAGAAUCCAUUGCCAUAUCUUCACUCAUAUGGCCCUGCUGUUUUAGUAGCACAGUCGGAUGAAUUCAACUUGACAGUACCCAUUAACAUGCCCAGACGCUUAAACUCUGGUUUCUACUUUGCACGCUCUGAUGCUGAGACAAUUGCUGCCUUAGAGAGAGUGGUCAAUCACGCAUCAACAUCUACACUAUCAGAGCAGCCCAGCUUCUAUGACGUGUUAUGCGGAGAAGGUGGAAAAAAUCGCCUGGGUGAUGACAGAUGCCAUGAACCUGAAACGAAUCUCACAGUUCAUUUCCUGGAUAGAGAUCUCUUCCCAAAUGGAGCUUAUCGAGAGUUGUGGGAGGAACCAAACGUAAGAUCAGCGUGUAAAAAGAGGGGUUGCAUAAUCCUUCAUAACAAUUGGGUCAACGAGAGAAAGAGAAAGCUUGAAAGACAGGUUUUAUCUGGGUUAUGGGAGUACGAUAUUAGCAGAAGAAUGUGUUCGCAGAGCUGGCAUAGUAUCAAAUUGACUAGCUACCACUGACAACCUGGUUAUGCCAUUUUAAUGUUUUCUUAAAAGGUCAACUCUAUGUUCCAUUUGGCAUUUGGAGAGAAAACCAAGAGAAAAAAUUAACUAUGUCAACUUCAAUUUGAGCUAAGAACCUCGGUUUCAACGUCUCCUUCUGUAUAACCCUGUGAUUGAAUUGAGGGUGCAGAAGCCUUGUUGAAAGAGGUUGUUAAUCUUGGAAUGCUGAAAAAAUGUGCAACUGCAUUGGGAGAUCCCAGAUUACCAAAAAGGAACUAAGCUGCAAGAAUGAAGUGGAUGAAGCUUCAAUGACUAAAACUUUCAGCUUUCAACAGAAAGAUUUAUAUGUGAGAAUAGUCCGUGCCCGAGGGUUUAUUGAUGUUGGAG